CGCGGCGAGAGCUCCGUCCGGCUCCGGCUCCGGCUUCCUCCAGCUGCGGGAACCGGCGGGCGCUGAGGGGGCGGACCGACCUCCGCGGAGCCCGGAGGCCUGGGGCGGGCGAGGCGGGCGAGGGGCGAGCGCCGGAGACCCCGAGCGCCCCGCGCCCAGGCACCAUGCGACCAGCCGCGCCUCCUCGCCAGCCCCGGGCUUCGCUCUCCGCUCGUUGAGCCCCGCGCUCGCCACCGCAGCAAGUCGCAAAGACGAGGCGGGUCGCUGGAGAGCAGAGGGGAGACCGCCUCGGACGUGCCCCCCGCCCCACAGAGGCUGCGGGUCCCUCGUUCCCUGGGCUUCUCUAGCUUUACCAUGAACCUGGCGCAAGCUUGGCUUUAGGAGAAAUUCAGAAGCCGGAGGGGGAGUCAGUGCAAUUCUUUGGUUGCUAAGUGUGAGUGAAGAUAUCCAGGAUGGCUCAGGGAUCUGGGGAUCAAAGAGCAGUGGGAAUCGCUGACCCAGAGGAGAGUUCUCCAAAUAUGAUAGUCUACCGAAAAAUUGAAGACAUAAUUACAAAGAUGCAAGAUGACAAGACAGGUGGUGUGCCCAUCAGAACGGUCAAGAGCUUUCUCUCCAAAAUUCCCAGUGUUGUCACAGGUACUGACAUCGUGCAGUGGCUUAUGAAGAACCUUUGCAUCGAGGACCCAGUUGAAGCAAUACACUUGGGAAGCCUUAUAGCCGCCCAGGGCUACAUCUUUCCGAUCUCAGACCACGUUCUCACCAUGAAGGAUGAUGGCACCUUUUACCGUUUCCAGGCCCCGUACUUUUGGCCUUCGAACUGCUGGGAGCCUGAAAACACCGACUAUGCCAUCUAUCUCUGUAAGAGGACAAUGCAGAAUAAAGCAAGGCUGGAAUUGGCAGAUUAUGAAGCAGAAAACUUAGCAAGACUCCAGAGGGCCUUUGCAAGGAAGUGGGAAUUCAUCUUUAUGCAAGCAGAAGCACAAGUGAAGAUAGAUCGGAAAAAGGACAAGACGGAAAGGAAAAUUUUGGAUAGUCAAGAACGGGCCUUUUGGGAUGUGCACAGGCCAGUGCCAGGGUGUGUGAACACAACAGAAAUGGAUAUCAGAAAAUGCCGGCGUCUGAAGAACCCACAAAAGGUUAAAAAGUCAGUGUAUGGCGUGACUGAAGAGUCCCAGUCGCAAAGCCCCGUGCACAUACCCAGUCAGCCAAUCAGGAAAACUACAAAAGAGGACAUCCGGAAACAGAUAACAUUUUUGAAUGCACAGAUUGACAGACAUUGUUUAAAAAUGUCCAAAGUGGCUGAAAGCUUAAUUGCUUACACGGAACAGUAUGUGGAAUAUGAUCCUUUGGUCACGCCGGCUGAGCCCUCCAAUCCCUGGAUCAGCGACGAUAUCACUUUAUGGGACAUAGAGAUGAGCAAAGAACCCAGCCAGCAGCGAGUCAAGAGAUGGGGCUUCUCUUUCGACGAGGUAUUGAAGGACCAGGUGGGGCGGGACCAGUUCCGGAGAUUCCUGGAGUCCGAGUUCAGCUCAGAAAACCUCAGGUUCUGGUUGGCUGUCCAAGAUCUCAAGAAACAACCCCUCCAGGAUGUGGCCAAGAGGGUAGAAGAAAUCUGGCAAGAGUUUCUGGCUCCAGGGGCCCCAAGUGCAAUCAACCUGGACUCUCACAGCUAUGAGAUAACCAGUCAAAACGUCAAAGAUGGAGGGAGAUACACAUUCGAAGAUGCCCAGGAACACAUCUACAAGUUGAUGAAGAGUGACAGCUAUGCCCGCUUCCUCCGGUCAAACGCUUACCAGGACCUCCUGCUGGCCAAGAAGAAGUGGAGAAGGGGCGCCAGGGGGCACCAACCUCCAGGGAAGUCACCCGAUGAACUCAGGCAAGUUCUUGACUUCUCCCCUCCUGCCAAACCCAAGCCAGGACCCUUACCUCCCUACCUGGCUCUUAGGCUCCUGACUGCUUCCCUCAGCAGGGCCUCCCCAGGCCUGCGAUCACAUGCUCACUCAUCAUUUAUGAACCCGAGCAUCAUAUCUCCUCCUGGGUAACCUUCAGUCUCCUUGAGAGAACAGCUCAUCUCUGGAGCCUCCCACUUCUUGCCUACUGAGGUCAUUUGGUGAGGCCCAUUCAGCAAAACCCUAUUUUCAUUAGCAGGGAUGAAAAAUGCCUAUACCACAACAAGGUGAUCAGUUUGGAUCAAGGCACUAGACACAGUGUUCCCGAUUAGUCCAGUUCCAGUUCUUCUCGCAGAGGAACUGGGUUUCUCCUACACUGGAGUAGGAACCCCCGGAUUGAGCCAAAAGGCAAAGUCACGGGACCCGCAACUGAAAAAGAAUAAGGAGUGGGAAAUUUCAAAGCAGAGAUGCGAUAGCUGGAUUGUUUCCCAAUAUUUUUUUUUUUUUGAGGGUAAUUACAGAGAGCAAAAUGAACAGAUCUGAAGUGUGUGGUUCAAUGAAUUUAACAAAUCUAUGCACCAGUGUCACUGACGCCCCAUGGUCCUGGAAAGUUCCCUUAUGCCGCUUUCCAAUCAAUUCCAUCCUUCUCCUCCAGAGACAACCACAGUUGAUUUCUAUCCCCAUAGUAACAUGGAUUUAGACUGGGUGGACCUGAGAUCUGUAACUUUGGUCUUUGGUCAUCUAGGCAAGUCAGCUUGAGAGUCUCAUCAGCAGCUGAGAUGUCUUUACUCCCUUAGCAUUGAGAAGGGUCCUGCCUGAGUCCCUAGUGCUUGGCUCUGCUGUCCCCAAUAUGCCACCUAACCCCAGUAACCCCCAGGGUUACUCUCUGAGCCACAGCCCUCCUCCCAGCCAAAGAGUGUAGCAUCAGUGUCCCAGGUAAGUGGCGAAAGCUCUUGGUAACCCGGAUCGUGCAUGCUUUGUUGAUUAAUAUCUGGAAGUGCAAUGCACAGAGCCACAGCAUGUCAAGCAGCAUGUUGAUUUUUCUUAAAGCAUGGCACAAAAGGGAGACAUUCCUUUUGUGCAUUUCCUUUUAGAAAUGAAGGAUUCCAUGACCACCUUCUUCCAGGCUUCUAGCCAUCAAGAUGGCCACAGAGCUGAAAUGAUUAGUCAGGGUGGAGGGUGGACUUUUGUGAACCCAGUCCAUGAAAUUGAAGGUUCCUGAUCCUCUUGGGUUAACUUUGCCAAAUGUCUCAAAGGUGAAAAGCACUCUGUCUGUAUGCAAAGCUUUGGUGUCUCUGGAAUGCACCUUCUGCAGUUCAGUUCUUAAUCACUGUGUAUUUUUUCACUUGGACAAAGGCUGCCUGCUAAUAGCAUUUUCAACCACCUUCAGCUGCUUUGCUCAGCUACGACAAGGCCUCGGGCUGAGCUGGCUGCCCUUCCUGGCACCAUGAUCCAUUCCCAACCGACCAGCGCUGGGGAACAUCACACAUUCACACCCUGAAAAAAUGGCUUCCCCCGUAACUAUGCAAGAUGCCGGGCGGAAAUAGAAUUACCACACUCCCCUUCCUAAGAGCUUCCUACAGCAUCAUCCGAUUAAGGCAGGGAAGGGGGCGAAGAAGAGGGAGGAAAAGAGCCCGAGAGCAUGCAGGGCAGGAGCUCUCUUCUCUCUGGACAGAGCAGGUAGCUCAGGGGCUCCCAGCAAGCCCCUAGCAGCAUAGACCUGGGGGCAGCUCAUCUCUGAACACAGGUAGCCUCUGCUGUCAGAUUUCACUUUGAUCCCUGAAAAUUACAGGAGCCUCAGCUCUUCAGAAGAGAGGCAGCUGCUGAGCCAGUGUGAUUGCAGGCUUUCCUUCCCAAAACCCAAGGCCAGGCAUCUAGCCAUGCCUGCGUCCUGCAUGAAUAACCACCUUCCAGCCCCACCCGGGAGGUCACUGAGUAGCGGACAGAUUGCAGUUGGACUGAGCUGCCCCCUGAGGGGACCUGAAACCUCACGACCUCCUUUAGCAACAGAACUGGCAUUUGAAAAAUGUGUGUGUGCAGGGAUGGGGGGAGGGAGACAAAAAUGCCAAGGAACACCACCUGGAUUGCUGAGAGGCUGGGAACAAUCUCAGGGCAAGUUCUCUAGGCUGGCCUCUGAAGUCUUGAGAAAUGGAAGCAAACUGGGGGCAAGGGGAGGGGCAGGCUUUGACAGCCGGCCACAGGGCCCUGGAGUCAGAGCUAUGAGGCUGAGCUCCAGGACUCAAGCAGGAAGAGAUUAAUUAGCGCCUCCAAGCCCACCCCAGCCCCUUCUACAGAACAGGGAGGGGUGGAGGGUGGAGGACCUCGGGCCCAAAGGCACCUCAAACAGAUGGACAGUUCCAUAAUAAUCCAGAUAUAGAAUCUUCAACCCACAGCCCCCUCUCCAGCCAAAAUGACCUCACUAAUGAGGAAGAAGCCAUAAUGAGGGUUUGGAUGUCUGGUAAACCUCACCUUCUUUGUUUCUGGGCUCUUAACAUACACGCUAGCAAUAGACCGUUAUUCAGGAGCUUUAGUGAUUUUUUUUUUCCACAUACGCCAGCUCAAUCCGAGCCCGAAUACCAUGUAUGGCAAAGCCAAAACAUAUAUAUUUGGUGACACAAGAUGUGAUUUGUUGCCCUGGUGGAAAAGGGACAGAAGGAGAAGGGGAGGAGCCAAUAUUUGGGGUGUGGUUACUGCAGCAAUAAGGGGCACCGAGAGGCAAGCAAAAUCCUGCAGUGCCUUUCACAUGAGCAGGGAUGGACAUGGGUGAAGGGGCUGGGGGAGGUUUGUUACAACUCUCGGACCAGGAGGCCCCUAGACUCAUCAGCUCCACAUUUCCCCCGAGGACCUCACACACGUCCCCACACUUGCUGCCUUCAGGCCUGCAUCAAGAAGGCACAGUCCCAGGUGAACCAAGAGGAUGACAAAUGCCUCGAGCUCCAUCUAAGAAAGGGCAGUCAAGGAGAGCACCAGCCAUGUGUGCGCCUUAGAAUCCAGGGGCUGGAGCAAGUCCUUGAAGGGCAGCCUCUGCCAGCUGUGAGCUCUUGUCCCACCUAACCCACUCUACACAGGGAAAUAGCCACCCUGCUUUUAGUGAUUUGCAAAGACUGGCACUGGAACCUUCUAGGAUUAAAAAAAUCUGAUUAAAAAAUCCUUACCCUGGUAUAAAUGUAGCCUGCUGCAGGCUAAGUUUAGUGUAUUUGAAGAUUCAGAUAAGGGGGGAGAUUUUGUGUGUGUGUGUGUGUGUGUGUGUGUGUGUGUGUGCGCGCGCGCGCGCGCACAUGUGUUUAAAAUUGGGGAGAAAAAAAUGAAGUUUUGUCUCACUAGUGAAAAUGCAGGGUGAAAUAAAAGGGGAAGAAGAGCUAGGGGAUGUCUAUGCAGACUUUCCAACAGCUCCCGAGGGCAGUUCCAUUUCUGGACAAGGUCCCGUGCAUGCCACUGGAAUUCUCAAAGUCAGGCUGGCACGUCCCUCUAUGGAGAGCUAAGCCAGAUGACACAUUGUCUUGCAUCCAGCAAACUCACAGCCCUUGUUCAUUUACUAGAUACACCCAUUAUCCAUCAAUUCAUCAAUCAGCCGGUUUAUUGAGUACUCUACCAGGCUUCACAAACCUGAUCAAUUUUUUUAAUUACAUCCAGCUUGCACUCAGCCAAGCCCAGUAAACAAGAUGAGCCCUCACACCCCUCUUGGAAAUGAACAUGAGGGGCCGCUGGCCUUGCAGUCCCUCACUACCAAACACCACAGCCCAUGCUGAUGAGGACCAUGUGCUCCCCUUUGCAGAUGGCGAUGGUUUAGCUGACUGGCUGUCAACAAUAGCAUGGGUUUUGAGUAUUUUCUCAGACACAGUGAUCAGUCUGCUCGGGUCCAGCCACACUCUCCUCUAGAGCCCUGUCCAAUGUUCUGGAUUUCUUUAGAGGGUGAGCAGGGAAUGGGCACAGGCUGCGUCAAGGGAAAUAAGCAAAACGAGACUCACUCAUCCUCCUCAUCCAUCCUCGUGGUGCCCGAUCCCACAUCAGAGGCUCCUCGGCCACCUCCUCCCAGGCACAGGAGUCACUGGCCUCUCUCAAGAUCUCAGUGCCUCAUGCACCAGGCCUCAUGGUCCAGUUCAGUUUUUUCAUUUUCAAGAACUGCUACAUGGCAAGUGAAGGGCUUAUAGAUGUCCCGAUGUGGAGUCAUCAAACUCAGCCCCUGGGUACCACACACAGAGAGCCAGGAACACAGGACAUGGCAGGAGCGUGCUGCCCUGGGGCCUGUGGUGGCACCCGUUCGCCAGCCCAGGCUCCCAGCCUUGGCGCAGGCCCCUAUAUUUCCACAGUCCUAGAACCUGUCAUCAAGAGGUCACCACACCUGUGUGUCUCUCCCGGGGAGGGCUCAAUCCUGCCUUUCAGACAGGAUCCUACGUCUCCUGCAUUCUUAAGACGAGUUCAUUCAUUAGCUUCUAGUUACCCAAAUCCUUCACCAUCACCUGUGUGGGUCAACCCACCCUCCCUGAUCCUACUACUCCUCAGUCCACCUUUUCCUUCCUCGCUUGAAUGAAAUCAAGUUCAGGGGCAGCCCACAAGCAUUAAGAGACACUCUACCUAAAGAGUGAAAAUGCCUCGUUUGGGGUAAGUAAAAUUCCCACACCCCAAAAAGAGGACCAGCAACACACCUUCACUCCCCACCCCGUGCCCCAGAGCCCUAGUUGUUCCAACUGUCUGCGGUCAAGGCCCCGAACCCAGAGAUCAGCAGGGUCCGUUAGCUAAGUCGUUUGGCCUUCGGGGCUCGUGCAGCAAUUACUUCACCUGUCUGGCUCUCUGUCUCGGUCUCUGUCCGUGUGUGUGUGUGUGUGUGUGUGUGUGUGUGUGUGUGUGUGUGUGUGU